CGGCCAAAGACGACCCCUCCUCUCUUCUCUGACACACACUCAGUCAGGAUGUCCAUCACCAAGAUUCACGCUCGGGAGAUUCUGGACUCCAGAGGAAACCCCACGGUGGAGGUGGACCUGUGGACGGCCAAAGGUCUUUUCAGAGCAGCUGUCCCCAGCGGUGCGUCCACUGGAGUCCACGAGGCUCUGGAGCUCCGCGAUGGAGACAAGAGCCGCUACCUGGGCAAAGGUACCAUAAAGGCUGUGGACCACGUCAACAAAGACAUCGCCCCCAAGCUGAUCGAGAAGGUAUCAGCCGAUAAUCAAAACCUCAAAGACGCUCAGCGUCAAGUCAAUGAGACGCUCAA